UAAAUAUAGGCACCACAACGCUUCUUUAAUUCGAUCCCUCAAACUGAUUUGCGCAUAGCUCUACUCCGAUUUGGUUCGCCCGCUGCAGCGAUGGCGGAAUUGUUUGAAAGUUUUCGGUUGGACUUGGACAUUGAUACAGAAGAUGGUCCUGACCUUCAAAGGUCUGUGGUGAGGAUAUAUCUGGAACAAGGGAAUGCUUCGUUUGCUAGAACAUGGUGGCUGGAUAGUAAAGAAUGCGGCAGCUGGAACCAGGAACUUCUGUAUAGGAUUGUGGAGGACGUUGACGUGAGCCCUGAAUGUGCGGAAACUAUUGACUUGGAGAAGAUACUAUCUGAAGAAGAAGACGAAGAACUUGUGACUUUAUUGACGGAUAAACUACUCUCCCCCUUCCAGAACAUUAUCCCAGGAGAAAACAUCGAGUACCUUGCAAGUGUGUUAAUAAGGCGAUGUCGUGAUCGGCUUAUUCCUCUCACCAAUGACAACUCUAACUCAAAGCGGUACUCAAUUAGCGUGGCUGUGUGUAGUAAGCUCUCUAUAAUUUUGGGACUCAAGGCCUGGACCUGGUUUCUAGAUUGCCUUGAGCAGCUGCCGCCUGGUGCGCCGCAUGGUUACGAUCCCUCAUCUCCAAUGCCUCUCCCGAGGAUGGUGCCGAAUGGCUACAGUUUCUUCCAACUUGGCGGUGGAGAAGAAGAAGAAGAAGAAACAUGUGCAAUUUGUUUGGGCAAGUACGAGCCGCAGUGCCUCGUGAUUCGCCUCCAAUGUCUGGAAGACAUUCUCCCCAACCACGAGGAGGAGCAUAGUCACAAGACCGAGAACGCAGCAGCAAUGCUGCUGCCAUGCCAGCACAUAUUCCAUGCAAAUUGCAUCGCCAGUUGGUUUCGUGUUUCAGAUGACAAACCCGACCAGUUAUCUGGUGUUAAUACUUGCCCGCUUUGCAGGCGUCAGGUUCCUAGCCGUCAUUUCGUGCUUUCUCUUGAACAUUUCUUUCGUCUGUCCUAUUAUUUACAAUAGGUCUACUUAAUGUUGGCAAAAGAUUAUAGUCAAAUUAAAACAUGACCAGGUAGUAAAAGAGAGAACUCUUACAAGGAGUCAUGUAAUGGUAAAUGAUGAUUUGGUUCUCAAUAUAAUUAUAUAAGGAGUCAUGUACUGCUUCUUCUA